AUGAUACAAUCGAACUCGAUGACAUUAACUACUUAUAUGCAUAAUAUAUGUCAUUGUUCAAUAAAUCAAUGUAAUUGUUUAAAUUUAUUACCGUCAAAUAUUGAACCAUUGAAUUCUAUGUCUUCAACUUAUAAAAAUGAUCAUGAAAAUCUUCAACAUCUUCAUCAUCAUCAUCAUUAUUAUCCAUAUGAUAGGAAAUCAUAUCAAUUACAGUUGAAAAUGAAACAAACAUAUACUACUGAUAUUAAUAAUAGUAGUAGUAACGGUUGUGGUAGUGUUGAUAGCAGAAGUAGCAGUAGUAGUAGUAGUAGUAGUAAUAGUAGUAGCAAUAGUAAUACAUGUUGUAUAUCAUCUCCAAGUAAUAAAAUCAAAAAUAUUGAUCCAAUAGAUCUAACAAAUCCGAUAAAUUCUUCUAGUGAAGAAUUAUUUUCAACAAAACGUCGAUUAUUUUCAUCGGAUAGAACACAAAGAACAGAUUAUCAUCAUGAAUCCCUAUCAGAUCAUACAAAUGCACAUUAUUGGAAUGAUUAUCAACAAAUUGGUCAAACAUAUUCACAAUCAUCUACCUCAACGUCAAUAUCACCAACAUUAUCAUCAUCUGUACAGUCUACUGGAAAGAUUAAUUCAUUCAAUUUAUUUAUACCAUCAUCAGUAAAAACAACAUCUACGUCAGUAUCACCAAUUUCCUCAUUUCAAUCUGAAUCUAAUGCACAUUUAUUAAGAGUAUUGAAUCAUGAGUUAAUUCCAUGGUAUAGUGAUCAUAUUCAUACAAUGAAUCAAUAUCAUUCUACUGUUAGUAACAAUAAUAAUUCAGAUUGUACCUUGCCCAAUUAUUUCCCAGAACCAAAUUGGUAUCCAAAUAUGUUAACACUCAAUGAACAUUUGAAUCUCUUUGAAUAUAAACCAUCAAAUUUAAUACAUAAACAACCCAAUUCUACUUUAUCUAAAAAUGAUUUAAUAAUAAUGAAUAAAUUUUGUGAUAAAUUAAAAACUACUACAAAUCUUUCUAGUAGUAUGACAACUAUCAAUACUACUAAUAGUAGUAUAAUGACAGUUAAUGAUAGAUUAGAAAAAUAUUGGUCAACAGAAGAAGAUAUGAUGUAUAAUCAAUCAUUAGAAAUGAAAAAUCAACAAAUCAAAUCAAUACCGAAUCCAUAUUCUGUAAUAGCAUCCUCAUCAUCAUCGUCAUCACCAAUAGGACCAUCAUCUUCAACAUUGACAACUCCUACAUCAACAUUACAUUCCACUAAAUCAAUAAAUCAUUUUCAGUUGGAUCAAUCCAUUUUAUCUAAUAAUAAUAAUAAUAACAGUAAUAAGAAAUCAAUUAAUAAUCCUAAUCGUAAACGUUCACAAACUGGUGAAUUAAAAACAAUUGGACUCAAUAAUUCUACUAUACAAGAACCUGUAAAUUCUAAAAAAUCCAGAUAUACUACUAAUUCUAGUAGUGCUACUAAUCAUUUAAGUAGUAUUCAUCAUGACAAACACAUAUCACAUCAACAGUUUAUUGAUGAUCAUCUUAAUGAUAGUUCGUUUAUCGAUGAUGGAUUCAAAUCAACACACGUUGAACAUAGUAUAUUCAAUAAAACCCAAUGUCAAGAACAAAUGUUGAACAAUGAAACGAACCGAAGAUCAAAUAUUAGCAUAAACGAUAGUAUUCAUGAUAUAACUGAUGAUGAAUAUGAUGAAGGUGAUGAUAUUGCCAAUUAUGGUCAUUGUUUAAUGACAGACAAAACAAAUGCAUCAUGUAAUUUUCACAAAAUUCUCAGUAAUAAUAGUAAUAAACCACGAAAAGAACGUACGGCGUUUACAAAACAUCAGAUUUGUGAAUUAGAAAAAGAAUUUACAACGCAUAGUUAUUUAACAAGAUUACGACGAUAUGAAAUAGCUGUAGCGUUGAAUUUAACUGAAAGACAAGUCAAAGUUUGGUUUCAAAAUCGACGAAUGAAAUUUAAACGAAUGAGAAGUAACAGUGUAUCUAAAGAUGAAACCUAUUCAAUUCAACUACCAUAUGAUGAUGAAUUAUGUUCAAGUAUGCAACAAAUCUGUUAAAUCUGGAAUCAUUCAAAAUUCAUAAUAAUAAUAACAACGGUAUAUUGUAUGUGUGAUAGAAGCCAAAUGUAUCAUUCUAUGAAUAGUUUCAAUAAGAGAAAAUAAAACUUUUAAUUUUUAUAGAAUUAUAACAAUUGACUUUUGUGCUGUAUUUUUCUCCUUCCCCUUCAUUUGUUGUUCUCUCAUACAAUUUCUAAUUUACCUUCCACCUUCAUAGAAGGUGCUUAAGUUUGUUCAUUGAUCACCCUAUCUCUUUAUUGUAAUUUCUCUAACAGUUACCAUUGUGUUUUAUAACCUAAGUCA